AUGUCUGCGGACGACCAGCUGAGGAUAAAAUUCGGAAACCCAACGCCAUUGGCCAUGAUAGGGUUCCUGGUGGCUCCCACGCCUUUCAGUUGCGUUCUCAUGGGUUGGGGAGGGACUGGGGGCCAUGGUGAAGCCCUCAUCUGGAACUACUUCUUCUUUGGCGGAAUGCUUCUCGUGAUGGCAGCAUUGGCGAGGCACGUCUGA